AUGCUCAAAUCGUCCGCCAGCAUGAACUUCUCCUCCUCCACAAACGGUUAUGGUCAUUCGCCUCGUGACCUGCUCACCGGAGCAGCAGUUACGAAUAACGGCGGAGGCGCCACGACAACGUCACCGUCUACGCCUGUCAAUCUGGAUAUACAACGAAUCGACAACACAGAAGGGACUACGGUAGUGAUGGUUAAAUUGACGGAUGAGAUGUUCGCGGCUCUCGAAGAGGGACAACGGAGCGGUAAGAAGUUGCGGAUACACGUCACUGAAAGGGAGGGCCGCGUCGAAAUCGGAGAUGGAACCGCUUCUUCAAAAACCAAUAAUACUUUUUCGUUUCAAAAGCAAUCUUUACCGGACCAAACAGAUACUCUUGUACAAUCAAAUGGGUGUUUUCAAAAUGUUGGAACGUACAAAAUGAAAUAUCAAGUUCAAGCAACAGACAAGUCAUUCGAAGAAACGAAAAAACGGGCUGCGGAAGCUGCUGAAAAAGAAAAGAAACGAGGAACGAUAGAUAUGAAAAAAGGAAGCGUUCCUUCCUCUUCUCGAUAUCUGAAUUCUUCUUCUUCUUCGACUCCGCGAAACCUAAACGGAUCCAGCUCAUCACGUGUCAGUCCAUCGUUCAUUUCUUCGAAAGCUUCAACGAGUAGUUUCCCUAACUCGAAAGGAACCCCAAAUGGAUUCGAUAGCAAAAAGAUUGAUAUGAAACCGGAGUUGAUGAAAAAAUCAAUCAAGAAACGCAUCAUUCAUCUUGUCGUCACCCAAAAGUACAGUAACUGGGAGGAUGUUCACAAGAAGUUGAAAUCUGAUGGAUUACCAGAGGAAAAAGAUGAAGCCGAGAAGAUCCGGAGUUGUGUGGAAGAAGUAUCAGAGACACGACCGGAAAUGACUGUCUUGUCACUUCGUUCAUCGUUUCUCUCGGAAGUCGAUCAACGAUGGAUGUUUUUCAAUCAGGAUGAAAAGGCGCAUGUGAGACGUCUCUGUCAAUCUGGAUCACGUGCGGCUCCAACCGAAUCCAACUUCGCUCCAAUGCGUAAGAAGGGAAUGGAGAGGAUGACUGCCAGUUCGAAGUCUUCUUCCGAGAAAGAUCGAGUCAAGGAGAAGGUUGAGGAGAAGGCUCUAAGCCCACCAAAAGAACAAAAACCUGUGGUGGUCGUCGACGAUGACGAUUAUUACCCGGUUCCCGAGCCGGCUAACAAACGUCGUGCUCACAACUUGGCUCCUCCACCAUCGAUCACACCACAAACGACGUCUUCUCAGACAGAAGGAACAACACCGAAACGAACGAAACGGAACGAGUCAACGAGUCCUCCGGUGGAUCAACCACAGAGAGCUCCGGAACAACCGAAAUUGAACCCGGCGAAGCUUGCUGCGACUAUUUCGAUGCAACCAGUACCGAAGUUCGAGCAGCCACGCGAGUAUCAUACUGCUGCUUCGGUGGCUGCUAACGGAGGCGGAUCGACUGCAUCCAGCAGAAUCUCAUCUCCUGCCUCAUCGUUGUCAUCACCAAGUCAGCCAUCGUGUAACUGGGAGAAGACUUUUGGAGACAUCAAGUCACUUACUGACGCGGAGUCUUACUUCCACAUGUUCCAUAAGGAGUAUCCAAUGUACAUGGAAUGUCACCGCAAGUUGACCGAGGUGUCGUCUGUGUUCCGUAAACUGGAAAUGAAGCUUGCGAACGCGAUGGCUGUGCGGAAGGCGUCUCCAUCUCCGCAAAACGUUCAAGAAGUGAAGAUUGUUGAACGAGAGAUACAACAACGUUAUGCAUUCUAUGAAAAAGAUCCCGAAUUUAUGAGAGCUCGUCAGCGUCACACAGAUCUCCGCUCAAAACUUAACGUUCUGAAAACUCGUAUUGGUAAUUGGGAAUCUCUCCGAAGGCAGACCGCCACUGCCUGA